GCGUCACCAACUCCAUGAAACUCUGGACCUCAGAGAGAGCAGUGAUUAGUGGCGACCUGUCAGACGUAGUUGUAUGGUGGCCGACAUUGCUGACGAAUUAUUUUGUGACAUAGCUGUAGUCUUGGAGAAAUAUUACUGAUAUCAACUCAACUACAGACUCAAUUUCACAUAUUUUCCAUUUUCUUUUCUUUCCUUUUUUUCUAAAGUGGGAGUUGUUAUGACGGCAACAUAAACGUUUUCGGAAAGAGUUUGUGAUUUUACUGACCUUCCAUUGGAUGACAUGGCAGACCCCCAGGAACAAUCUGAUAUUGACCCGGAUUUCGAACCUGUCUGUCGGCCCAGAUCGUGCACCUGGCCGCUACAGAGACCUGACUUCACCGAGCCGGACAGCUCCAACACAUCUUCGCCUGCGCACUCGCAACAGGAGCCGGGCAACUAUGUUGAUUACAACGGCCACCUACAACCGUUGGUGGACGACGCAGAGUUUGAUGAUGGUGAUGGCAGGGAAGGGAAAACGAUAGUGUUGUCCAGCGAUUUCUUGGACAACUGUUACCACCAGCACCACCAUCACGCCACACAGCAGCAUCACCAGCGCGUGCUGCAGCAUCAUUCUAGUCCUCAACUUCCCCGCCAACAUCAACAUCAUCAGCAGCCACAGUACACGUCGGUGUCUCCGCCAGUUAACGGAUCUCCAAACUCAAACACAUCUGUCCCGUUUCAGAAGAAAGCCGCGUCUUCUUCCAGACGGAACGCGUGGGGCAAUCUGUCAUACGCCGACCUCAUUAGCAAAGCCAUCGAGAGCUCCCCGGAGAAGCGGCUCACCUUAUCUCAGAUCUACGACUGGAUGGUGCAAAGUGUGCCCUACUUUAAGGACAAGGGGGAUAGCAACAGCUCAGCCGGAUGGAAGAACUCCAUCCGCCACAACCUGUCCCUGCACAGCCGUUUCCUGCGCGUCCAGAACGAGGGGACAGGCAAGAGCUCCUGGUGGGUGCUGAACCCCGAGGGGGGCAAGAGCUGCAAGCCCCCGCGACGCCGCGCAGGCUCCAUGGACAACAGCAGGAAGCUGGACAAGAGCCGCCUACGCAGCGACAAGAAGAAAAAGAUUGAUGUGCGAUACCUUUUCUUUUCUAAUAUUUUCUUUUUGUCUUCAUUUCUGUGUUGGUGGUGUCCCCCAGGUGUGUGUCCAGAGGCUGUGAUGAUAUUGUACCCUAUGUGUUCCUUGAUUUCUCAGUGUCUUCAUUCCCAUGUUCGUGGUGUCCCCCAGGUGUGUGUCCAGAGGCCGUGUGUGCCGGAUGAGGAUGCGAGCAGCAGCGCUGGUUCCGGUUCCCACUACUCUGCCUGGCUCAGCUCCGGAAGCCCCCAUAGUUCCCAUAGCAACGACACCUUCGACGAGUGGACCACGUUCCGCGGUCGCGCCAGCUCCGACGCUAGCACCCUGAGCGGCCGCCGCUCACCCUACCUGCCCGACCCAGGUGAGCUGGACGAGGAGGAGGAGGAGGAGCAUAUCCACCGCUCACACCUGGGCUAUCAGGUGACCUCGUCGGCAUCGCAGGGGGGACAGAUGGCCACUCCGCUGCCCAGUUUGGUCGAGCUGUCCGGCUCUUACGGCGGCUUCGAGAGCUCCCAGACCAGGGGUGGAGGUCAAGGUGGCCCCAAGAUGGAGGGUCUUCUCAACAACCUCAACCUCCUCACGGGCAGUAGGCAACCUCACGAUCCAGCCACGCUCAACACCCCUCUCGUGAUGCAGGGCAACGCGUCUGUCUACUGCCACCCGUAUGGCCCCCAAGCACAGACACCAUCACAGCCCCCGCCUGAGUACCCCAAGAACCUCUACACGCAGACACAGCUGACUACAGUUCCCAUGAGGCAUCUGCUGUGUCCCAAAGCAGCAGUGCAUGCUGGGAUGGCGCACUACACCAAUCCAGAAGCACCACUGCUGUGCAUGGAGAGUAUGGUCACCCAUGCGGGCAUCAGCGGCGGGGGUGGUGGUGGUGGUGGGGGGGUAUUAAGAGGGGGAUUACAGCCCCUCUACCCCAGACAGGGCCACCCAACAGGGCAUUUAGAACACGUGGUCAACCGAGUUCCGUCUCCGCCACAGCACCCCCUCCCGCACCCCCACCACCACCACCAGCACAACCACCACCAACCGCUCACCCAGUGCCCUCCAUACCCCCAGGAACUCCACAGGCGCCUGAGCCCAGUGACGGUGACCCUUAACGGGUGCGGCCCACAACAACCACACACCCUUGGCCAUGAGCCUGGUGGCUGUAGCUGUGAGGGAAGCCCCAGGACAUACACACAGCUGAGUCCAGCCCAGCCUCUUCUACCACCUCGCCACAUGGGGGAGCCCUUGCCGGAGUACCCCGGCAGUAGCAGGACUGGGGGACACAACGGCAGCAGCAGCCGCAGCAGCAGUACCUCCGGCAGCAUCAGGACCGAGCGGUUGCCUAGCGACCUGGAUGGAAUGUCCAUCGAGCGCCUGGAGAACGCCGACGGCGACGGUGAUGCGCACCCUACCCUGCGGGGCGUGGAGAUGGACCUGGAGUCCGUCCUCCAUGACACCUUCAUGGACGGAGACGGCCUGGACUUCACCUUCGACACCAUGGCCAUGCCACAAGGCCUGGCCUAGGGUGGAACUCAAACCAUUACAUUACAUUACAUUACACUUAUCUGAUGCUUUUAUCCAACGCGAUUUGCAGUUAUUUAGAGACAGGGUAUUGUUCACAGUCCCUGGAGCAAUGUUUGCCUGGUUAACACCAGACCUAAUCACAAGUGAGAUUGUCUUUCAGAUCGAAACGAUUGUGUAGAACUAAAGGCAGUAUGGGAGUUCCCAGGCUAGAGCAAUGUGGGAUUAGGUGCCUUGAUGGCAUAAGCAUGCGAUACGUACAAUCAGAGGGAUUAGUCUGCAUUGAUACAAUUUUUCAACUUGAUAACGUGGAAUAUCACAGUUGCUGGCCAAGGACACAAUUGAUAACAUAUGACCAUAUGACCACAGGGACUAGUUGACACUGCAGUUGACACUGAUGGCAAUGAUGUGCCUGAUAUAGGCUGUCGAGGAUGCCAUUUUUAUGGACUGUAUCAUUUUCUUCAUGUCUUAGCCUGCAUUGAUACAAUUUAUUAAUCCAUACCAUAUGGAGAGUGAGAAGGAUGGACGUUUAUCUAUUUGAUGA